GAAAAAAAGAAAAUAUUUGGUCCUCUUAAUUGUGUAUAACUAUAAGCCCAGAAUAACAAAGCCCAAUAACCUAUUAAGCAUUGAUUACAAUUUCAGGCGGGGAAGGCAAGGAGCAGGUGGUGAGGGGUUUAACGUUUUAGCUACUGAGCUAAAACUCUGCUUCUGCUAAAACCCUAACUCACCAAAAUAAAAUGAUGCUGCAAUCCAUUUGUCUUGGUUUUUCUCCCCCGAAAUUGGGUGUCCCUUUUCGGGGUGUAUCAAAUGUUUCUGGAAAAGAUGUUGGUUUUAGGAACCAAAGACUUCUUUUUGGAACUACACCCAGAUGUUCAAAGAGGUUUGAGAAGCUUACGUCGCUGCCAAGCUUUAAAAAAGGAGGUUUUGUAUGCAAAUGCAAUGCAAAGUUGGAAAAUUCUGGAAACGAAAAUUCUAGGUUGCCCAUUGUUAGAUAUGAAGGAGUAGAGCCAUUUCGUGGAAAAUCAGGAUCAGUUUCAUUCCACGGGUUGACUCACCAGUUAGUAGAGGAAAGUAAAUUGGUGUCUGCACCUUUCAAUGAAGAAAAGGGUUCGUUUUUAUGGGUUUUGGCUCCGCUUGCUAUAAUCUCGUCUUUAAUUCUACCACAAUUCUUCGGUGGUGCCAUCGAAGCUUUCUUGAAGGAGGAUAUCCUCGUAGAAAUAGUGAGCUCGUUGGUAUUUGAAGCUGCAUUUUAUAUUGGCGUUGCAAUAUUUCUUCUUGUAACCCACCAUGUCCAAAGACCAUAUUUACAGUUCAGUCCCAAGAGGUGGGGUCUCAUCACAGGCCUUAGGGGAUACUUAACAACUUCUUUCUUUACAAUGGGCUUCAAGGUUAUGGCACCCAUGUUUGCUGUCUAUGUAACCUGGCCAGUAAUUGGUUUCCCAGCUUUGGUUGCGGUGCUUCCUUUUCUAGUUGGCUGCGCUGCUCAGUAUGUUUUUGAACUAAGCCUUGACAAGCGCGGAUCAUCUUGUUGGCCACUUGUUCCAAUAAUUUUCGAGGUAUAUAGACUAUAUCAGUUGACAAGAGCCACCUUUUUCAUAGAGAAAUUGUUGUUUGCCUUGAAAGAUAUUCCGUUGGGAUCCCCAGAAGUGAUGGAAAGAAGUGGUGCUUUGUUUUCAAUGGUUGUAACCUUCCAAGUCCUUGGUUUGGUAUGCCUCUGGUCAUUGAUGGCUUUUCUUUUGAGGCUUUUUCCAUCUAGACCUGUGGCAGAGAAAUACUGAUGUUUUGAUGUGUAAUACUAAAAAAAUAAGCGUAAGAUUUACUGUUGCCAUUAGUUCUGUUUUUUGAUCCCAGAUUUUGGUCCAUAAAUGUACGAAUAUAUACGGUUAAUAUGAAGAUUAAGCAAAACUAGAUUCCACAUGCUAUACUGACUGGCAUGGUCA